CUUGGAGAAGAAAGAAAGAAACAAGGAAAGAAAGGCAGCCAAAUUAGCAACCAUGCAAUUCUUGAAAGAGGAAGAGUGUUGCGCAGAGCAGCAGCUGCUGCCUCCCGUCAGCCCUAAUGGUCUUUUCUUCAAUAGCUCUGCCGUUUCACUGGUAAUCCUUGCCGUUUUUGAGACUGAAGAACCCAUCAGCCUCCCUUCUUCCCGAGUUGUUCACCUGCUUGACACCCGCCUCCUUCCUGUCCAUCCUCGUUUUUCCUCCAUCAUCGUGACAGGGGAGGAUGGAGUAAAACGAUGGGAAAAGGUGGAAGUGAACGUGAAGGACCACAUCAAGACUCCCGUUUUUCCGGAAGGGAAGUCGCCGGAAUUCUACGACCGGUGUUUUCAAGAUUACUUCCACAAAAUCUCCGGGGAAAAGUUCCCGGAGGGGCGGCCGCUGUGGGAGUUCCAUCUCGUGAAGUACCCGACUCUGAACGCGGCGGGAAACGUGAUCUUCAAGAUUCACCACGCCAUCGGCGACGGAUACUCACUGAUGGCGGCAAUGAUUUCUUGCUUCACGCGAUCCGACGAUCAUUCUCUGCCCCUGACCUUCCCAAAGAACCGAAUCCGGCGGUCCUCAGCAGCACAUGGCCGCGCUGCUUUCCUGUCCAGAGGGCUGACGUCGGCUAUCAAUACGGCGUCGGAUAUGUGGUUCAGCUUCUCGAAGACCAAGUUUUCGGAGGAUGAUCUGUCGCCGAUACGGUCCGGAGAUCCGGCGGUCGGGUCCCGCCCCGUCUCUGUGGUGACGAUGACGUUCCCUCUUGAUGACGUCAAGGAGAUCAAGGGUCGCCUGGGAGUGACCGUAAAUGAUGUAAUGACGGGGACCAUAUUCUUGGGGACUCGACUGUAUAUGCAAGAAAUGGAUCCAGGAUCACAAGCUGCAGAAACCACAGCAAUGGUAUUGAUGAAUACGAGGAUGCUUCAAAGCUACAAUUCGAUUCAGGAAAUGGCAGAACCCAAGACAACUUUGGCCUGGGGAAACCACUUCGCCUUUCUCCAUAUCACCGUCCCCAAGCUGAUCGGAAUGUCAGACGGCGAUGAAUUGCGGUCGCGUCGUCGUGCUCUGGAAUUUGUGAGGACGACCAGUGCUACCAUUCAAAAGAAGAGAUUUUCUCUAGCGAUUUCUCUCACGGCCAAGCUCCUUGACCUUUACCGGAAACUCAAAGGACAUGAGGCAACAGCCAGUUACUUGUACAAGGCGUUAAAGAGCACAAGCAUGGCAGUUACUAACAUGGUUGGUCCUCUAGAGCAAAUGGCUUUGGCCGAUCAGCCUGUCAAAGGCAUGUAUUUUGUGGUCGCUGGAACUCUACACGAUGUUUUCGUCACCAUAGUAAGCUAUAUGGGACAGCUGAGGGUAUCCGUUGUAGCGGAGAAAGGCUUCAUAGACCACGACAAGCUCAAGUCUUGCAUUCAAAUGGCAUUCCACCACAUUUAUGAAUCCUCGUGCCAUUAGAAUUCUCGCCUAGGAUGGCAAGAAAAAUGAUAGAUUUAUAAAAACUUGUUACACAAAUUUCUUCUAUGUGUGAUUGUAACGGAAGCGGUUAAGGCGUGGUAACUAGACCCUUGUAGCCACCGUGACUACUAAGAGUAGGAAUGAUAUAUUUUGGUGUUUAUUGUUUUGGUAGUGGUGCAUAUGUUUUAUUAGUAGUGUUGACAUUGUGAUAAUGGUUAUAUUAUAUGUUUGGAUGGAUUGGUAAAUAUUAUACUUACAUUUAUGUUAACUACAUUGAAUUACUUACAGUGGAG